AUGGCUGGGUCCCGUAGGAGUCCGGUGUUGAGAGACCAGUGGAGUGCCGACCCAGAUCGCGACGCACACUUUAGGGACACUCGUAGAGGUCGAGGGUCUCAUCGUGAUCGGGGUAGAAAUCGCCAUCGUGAUCGAGGUCGUUCAUCAAGGCCCAAAGAACGCCAUUUUGACUAUCCUGCUCGCUCGCCACCUACGUCUACACGCAUGUCCCGCUUCGGCCCAGAUUCAUCUUUCGACCCAGGUGACUCUGCCUUCGAUCGAUCCCCACCGCGUGGCUCCCCUGGCCCUUCCCCAAAGUUCCAAGAUACUCGACGACCGCCCCAGAAUCGGCCUUCUUCAUCUGGCGACUGGAAGAAUCACCCACCAGGAACAAUGAACGGCGGAGGCCUAGGUUUCCGACGUGAUGACUCCCCAUCUGGGCCCCCAUCCAAACGCAAAAGAACCCGCAGCCCUUCUCCCCGUGGCCAACAUGGUCAAUUUCCCCCACGCCGCUCUUCAUUUACCAAACCCGGAGACCGGCGUGAUCGCAGCCCCUCUUAUAAGAAUCGAGGAGGGCGGUUUCCAGGGCGUGGUGGCCCUAGAAGAUCUCCUCGUCGGGGCCGAGGUGAUCGUCGUGGAAAAGACCGCCGCCGAUCCGAUAUUCCACGAUUAGACCGGGACCGAUCCAGGUCACCUGUGCGUGGCCGAGGAUAUCCUCCGUCACCAGACCGUCGCUCUAGGCCGCCAAGUGGUGACGGUUAUAGCGACAGAGGUUCUCGCUACCUAUCUCGCUCUGUAUCUCGACAUUCCGCCGGUUCGAGAAGAUCUCCACAUCCACAACAUGUGCCAGGUGAUGAGGGAAUGAGUACAAUCUUACCAAGCAGGUCUGCCGGCGAUGACUUGGGACGCUCUCCAUCACCCCAUCCAAUUCCGAGCUUCGAUGACAGUCAGCGUGGCGCGCCUUUAAAGCAUGAGAUGCGGCAAUCAGAUGUUCCCAACAAACAACGCCAUCGGUCUCGGCCGCAUAUUGAGUCUCAGCAAUAUUCAGCCUCGCCUCAGUUUACUUCGGCUAGUUCGUAUCAUGGAUCUCCCCCGCCCGUUUCUCCACAAUCUGGAGGACGAGCUGGCUGGAAUAACCAAACUUCUUAUCCCGCUCCUAGACCUUCCUCACCUUAUCGACCAGAUAAUUACUACUCUCAAAAUGCUCCUCCAGGGCAGUCCAAUCAAAUGCACCAAUCAUUCGAUGGUCCACCAAACAACCACUCUCAGUCUUAUGGUAGUUAUCGCGGAGGUCAUUCUGGCUACCGCGGAAACCACGCAAACCAGGGCCCUGAUCGCCGGUACUCUGGUUCUGGCCCUCACCAGUACAAUAAUGGACCAGGUCAUCGCGGUGGCAGAGGUAGUUUCAAUAACUUCCAGUGGACCUCGCGUGGCCGUGGUGGGCACCAGAGUCCUCGGCCACUGCAUUCUCAUGGUCCCCAGACGCCUACUCGCCCAUCAUCGGUCAAUGAUCCUCAAUCACCCAGCGCCCCCGAGAAUGAUAAAAAUCACCGCCUCGCAAAUAAUAGGGAUAUCCAACGUGAUGACUACCGAGAUCCGCCGGUGUCAGAGAGUGGAGAUGGUCAAGUGGAUGCCCGGAAUAUGUCACUCCCAAACCGUGAUCAAAAAGCUUCAACGCCAGCAGACAAGGGUGGAAAGUUCAGUUUCGCAUUCAAGGCGAAAACCACUCCUACUACUGCUCCGAAACCGGUGCCAGAUCUGGCACAUCGAAUGCAAGUCCGUGAGGCACCUCCUCGAGCGCCUGCUGCCGAUGCACCAUCCCCUCGUAAUCGCUUAACCAACGGACCUUUACCGAAAUUUAAGCCAGAACCCCGCGGUGAUCGCCGUGAACGGGAUCGUGGACGGGAUCGGGACCGUAGGAAUACCCGCGACUCGCGAGAUUUCCGUGACCCAAGAGACCAUCGUGACGACCGCCGGUUCGAUCAGCGUCGGGACCGACGAAGGGGCGACCGGCGCCCCGACUUCCGACCAGAUCGCCGUAGGGAUGCGUCGCCUGAGCCUCCAAGAGAGCCACCCAAGCGGAUGGUGACCCUAACCCGGUAUAAAGAACGCCCAUCUUUGCCGGAACACUAUGCCUCUGUCGACUCAGUGUACUACCGGAAACCAGGCAACGAAUCUGUGAUUGGUGCAGGUACAUACGGCAAAGUCUUCAAAGGAAUUCACGUUUUUACUAAACGUGAAGUUGCUUUGAAGAAGAUCCGAAUGGAGGGCGAAAAAGAUGGUUUCCCCGUCACAGCCGUGCGAGAAAUCAAGCUUCUUCAGCACCUUCGAAGUCACAACGUGGUCAGUCUUUUGGAAGUCAUGGUUGAGAAAAAUGAGUGCUUCAUGGUCUUUGAAUAUCUCUCGCAUGAUUUGACAGGUCUUAUCAAUCACCCGGAAUUUUCACUCAACCUAGCGCACAAGAAGGAUUUGGCCAAGCAAAUGUUUGCAGGGUUGAACUUCCUCCACCACCGCGGUGUGUUGCAUCGAGACAUCAAGGCUGCUAACAUCCUGAUCAGCAACACUGGUUUGUUGAAGUUUGCUGACUUUGGCCUGGCCCGCUUCUUUUCGAAGAGCCACAAAAUGGAUUAUACCAAUCGCGUGAUUACGAUCUGGUACCGGCCUCCCGAGCUUCUUCUUGGUGAGACACGGUACGGCCCUGCUGUUGAUGUGUGGAGUGCUGCAUGUGUCUGCAUGGAGAUGUUCACCAAGAAGGCUGUUUUCCCCGGCGACGGGGGUGAAAUCAGCCAACUUGACAAGAUCUACAAUUAUUUAGGUACUCCAACUCGGGCUGAGUGGGCGGACUUUGUGGAAAUGCCAUGGUUCCAGAUGAUGCGCCCGCAGGAGCGUAAGAAGCGGACUUUCGAGGACACAUAUCGAGACAUAUUGACUCCUGCCGCGAUGGAUUUGAUCUCGUCUGUGUUCCAGUACGACCCUGCCAAACGACCUAGUGCGGAGCAGGUAUUGCAACAUCCCUACUUCCUGACCGAGGAACCAGCUCCUCAGCAGGCCACUGAGUUGGAGUUCAUGGAAGGGGAUUGGCACGAGUUCGAGUCCAAGGCGCUUCGCAAGGAAGCUCGCCGUGUCGAGGCGCAAGCGCAAAGCCAGAAAGAUCGGGAGAAGCGGAAGGCGGAGGCGUCGAGUGAUCGUGAUCCCAAGAGGGCGCGGGCGACAUCUGACGAAGCGGGACCUCCCAGAUGA